AUGGGAGGAUUCGCUCCUCCUAUCCCGCAGGAUGACAGCAACUGGGAGAUCCGCGUGGCGGUGCUGCUGAGCCUCUUCUUCCAAACGGUCCUCAUCUUCGUGGGUCCCAUCCGUAGGCGUUCGUCCUCGCCGGUGAUCAGCUUCCUCAUCUGGUCAUGCUACCUCCUCGCCGACUGGGUCGCGGACCUCGCUCUCGGCCUCCUCCUCAAUAACAUGGGCAACAUCGGCGGCAAAUCCAGCUCGUCCUCUACCAUUGCCUCCGUCACUAGCCCUGAUAAUAGCCCCAUCAUCUUUGCCUUCUGGACACCGUUCCUGCUGCUCCACCUGGGGGGCCCUGACACCAUCACCGCCUACUCCAUCGAGGACAAUGAGAUGUGGCUUCGCCAUCUCAUAGGCUUCCUCUUCGAGCUCUUCUCAGCCUCUGUCAUCUUCUUCUGCUCCCUCAAGGGCAACCCCAUGAUUCCCGCCACUGUCCUCAUGUUUGUCGUUGGCAUUAUCAAGUACGGUGAGCGCACCUACUCGCUCUACUCCGGAAGCAUCAACGGCUUCCGCGAGAGCAUCCUCGGUCCUCCUGACCCGGGCCAAAACUACGCCAAGUUCAUGACCGAGUUCGACUCCAGGGAGCAGGCCGGCCUGGAUGUCGAGAUCGUCAUCUCCGGUGCAGACAGCGAGGCCAAGAGGGCCUUGGCCGACCUGGAGGAAGCCAAGGCCGCACGCGCGGUGGGGAAUACCACCAUGAGCCUUGAGCAGCAGGCGUUCAACUUCUUCCUCAUCUUCCGGCGCCUCUUCGUCGACCUCAUCCUGAACUACGAGGAGAACAGUAUCAGCCACGCAUACUUCCUCGAGCGUGAAGAGGUAUCGUACUCGCCGACCAAAGCCUUCCUUGUCAUUGGCGUGGAGCUCAACUUCAUCUACGACAUGGUGUACACCAAGGGCCCUGUCACCUACCGCAAGGCCGGCUGCGUCCUCCGCUUCAUCGCCUCCGCCUGCCUCAUCUCCUCCCUCCUCAUUUUCAUCCACCACGACAAGGGCGGCUUCACGCACAUUGACAUCGCCAUCACCUACGCGCUGCUCCUCGGUGGCGUGGGGCUCGACAUCGCCGCGCUCGCCAUGCUCCUCUUCUCCCAUCGGAUGCUCAUCUUCCUCGAGAAGACGGAGUGGCUGCAGUGGCUCGCGUGGACCGUCCGGUCCAUGCGCGUGCGGCUGCGGAGCUGGUCAGAGAAGACCUCACAGCUAAACCUCGUGAGCUACUGCCUGGGGGGCAAGCGGGACGGCCUCCGCCGCCCCGCGCUGAUGGUCCGGGCGCUCGCUAGGGUGUCUGAGAUGCUGCACGUCCAGGAGAUCUUCCACGACUUCUUCUUCAUCCAGCGUGAGCAUCUCUCGAGGAGACAGGGCCUCCUUGAUUUUCUUUUUACUGUGGCCAAGGAGAGGUCCAUCAAAGCCAAGAUGGUGGCUUCCGGAGCUUUCAAGGAAGCAUGCAGCUCGCGCGGCCAGGGAGCCCUCACGGAGCUUCAUGGGCAGAUCAAGGAGAACCUGAACAAAUGGACAAGAGAAGCCGCACAUAAGGAAGAGCGCGAGGCGGUCAUCAAACGACAGGUGAAUGAAAAGCUCGCUGUACUUACAGACAGCGUGGAGAGGCAGUUCCACGAGUCCUUGCUGGUGUGGCACAUCGCGACGGACCUAUGCUGCCACCCACUUGAGACUACGGUGGCGACCGAGGACACGAGCAUGAUGAGGCUGGUCAGCGAGACCUUGUCAGAGUACAUGCUGUACCUGCUCAUCAAGCAGCCGGAUAUGUUACCGCCGGGCAUCGGGCUGGUCCUGUACCGUGACACCUGCGCAGAGGCAAAGCUGUUCUUCAAGUCUGCGGCAGCGUGGGACCCGGACCACCGCGACGCGCGGAGGAUGCUGCUGGGGGUGAACACGACCAUGGAGCCGUCAGCGGUGAAUGGCACCCGGUGCAGGUCGGUGCUGUUCAAGGGCGUGAUCCUGGGCAAGGCGCUGAGGGAUCUGGGAGACGACCUGAUGUGGCAACUGGUGGCCAGGGUGUGGGAGGAGAUGCUUACGUACGCGGCAGGCAAGUGCCGGGGUAGCACGCACCUACCGCAGCUCAGUCGUGGUGGCGAGCUCAUAACCAUGGUCUGGUUCCUCAUGGCGCACAUGGGCGUCGGGGACAUGUACGAGAUCAACGAGAGAGAUGGCGUGCCCAAGCUCAUCGUCCGUGGCCAGUAG